GGUUGUUGCUGAUAAUGUCUGGUCAACGGAUCCGAAGUGUUUUGCGUAGACAGCUGUUAAUAAACACUUGUAUCUUCUGGAUGAUAUCUUCCGUAGCUCUUCAAGUUUCUGCUCCAUACAGUAGAACUGUCUUGACAUUUGUGUUGAAAAUUCUGACUUUGGUGUUAGUUUACAGUUGUUUUGAGUUCCAGACGUUCUUCAGUUGUAGAUAUACUGCUCUUCCUUUGCUAAUCCGCGCCUUUACAUCCGCUUCUGAUCCACAGUGUUCGUCAAUGUUGCUGCCCAGAAAUGUAAAGGUUUUUACAUCGUCAAAAGCUUCUCCGUCAAUAAGUUGAUCGAUGCGAUAAAAUUUAAAAAUAUGAGUUUGGGGAUCUAUCGUCCCCAAUACAAUGUUAAUCGUUGCUUUGGUAGUUAGAAGAGGCAUCAGCCUCGUAGCUUUCAUCAUGAAGCGUUAUAAUUAUUCCUUCAACUCACAGGACAGAGUUUAAAUGAUUGAAUUCGUUUAAUCCGGUUCACGUUCUUUUGGCAGGGUUGUUUUCUACGAGGUGGAGUUGCCAAACCCACACUCAAUCCUGCUCAUUCACCCGAGCUUGGAACCGACAUUAAUCCUAGAAGAUUUACAGGUGGAGUUAUUUUCAACUACUUCAUCACAUUAUCAAUGAAUUACUCUAGCUCUAUGACUCCUUGUUACUUCAUUGGACCAUCCAGAAUCUUCACGCGUUUAUUACAUUAAUUUGCACUACUCUUUAGAUGUCUUUGAUCUCAGUACUUCAUUAUGAUGAUACAUAUCCAUGUUUGCUGUUAUAAGUUGUAAUCAGUUGAUAAGAACCUAGCGAGAUAUAAUAAACUCAUGUUAUUCUGUUCGAUUCAUUGUUCUUACUCAUUUUCAAGAUGAUAAAGAGAACUAAGUGUAUGAUGUUACUCAAUGAAUGGUUUCUAUAAAUUUCAACAUUUAGUGACUUUUUCGGAUUUCAGAACUUGUAUUUCAUGAAAACACGGAAUAAUCUACUUCCACUCAGUAAACCUGAAGAGUUAUUGAAAACUACCGAAAUUCCAUUAGAAGAACAGAAAGUGAUUCGACCGCAUCAAUUAUAUCAUUUAGCUACAUCAAUGAACAGAAACUCAUGCCAUGUUAUUUAUAAUGACGGUGUACAUAGCGAUUGUUGUGUAUGGUCACCUGAUCCGUUAAUCAAUGGUCCAGCAAGAUGUGGCUGUUUUAUGGCUACUAUUCUAGCUAUAUUCAGUAUCAUAUUAUUACUUAUUGGGAUAAUUUUAACCAUACUGCAUUACGUAAUCGGCAUGGAAUUUUACACAAUUAACCGUGGUCAAACUAUUGGUCCAUUACUAUUAGGCCUCACAAUUAUACCACUUAUAUUCAUGAUCUACUUCAUAUGUAUAGCUAGGCAUAAAAUAACUGAUUAUGUUGAACAGUUAUCAUUGAAUUACCUUGCCAAAGAACGAAUAGCUUACAGACAACACCAGGCAGAAUUAGCACGAAGUUCAAUUGGAUUACAAAACUCAUCCAGAUACAGUUAAUAAACCAAGAGAGAAAUCCACUGGAUAAACUAAUCUCAUUCAGCAUUUGAUCUUUUUGUGAAUUUCAUUUAAACAUUUUGUAACCUACAGUCAUUAAUACAUUCAAUGUAAAACAUUAUCAAGGUGAACCUUAUUUAUCAAAACAUUACAGAUGUAAGAAUUUACAAAAAUGGUGUAUUCAUUCUUUAUAUCUAUUUUUUCUUAUAUUACUGUAACCGUGGUGAUUCAGUUUCUUGUACAUACA